GUCGAAGUCUGCUGCAAGAAACGGUCUGUUUUAGUGACGUGGUAUUAUUUUAAAACUUUUAACGCAUUCCUUUAAAUCAAUUGAACGCCGGAGGAUUGUGUUUAAAUGUAUGUUUUUAGGAAAAUCAAUUGAAGAGCGCAAAUGCGACGUGUUUUGGAUUUAAAAUAAGAAGAACUGGGACUGUUAUGGCCCAGUAAUGUUUAUGAAACUGUGAUAAUAAGAGAAACGUGGGACACGCUAUUUCGAGGAAGCGAUUUAUAAUACAUCGGUAACUGUGUGAACUGUGAAAAUGGCACUGGGAAUGAUUUCACUUUUGGCUCUCUGCAUGUUUUAUAUUCAAGUGCCACAGUGCCAAACUGGAUGUGCUGAAGUAGACUCCAUGACAGAAGCUGUGGCUGGCAAAGGCUUUCUGUUGGGUUGCAUUUCUUGCAAAAGAAGAGAAGAAGUGCCUGGUUCUGCUAUUGUUGAUUGGCACUACAAAGCAGCUGGAUCUGAGGAGUUUAUCCAUAUUUUUCAGUAUGAAUACAAUAACCCCAUCAUUCUUCAUGAAAAUUUUGAGGGAAGAUUAGAGUGGAAAGGAACUAUGGGUACAAAGGAUGCGCAAAUUGGUUCCGUCUUUAUUCACAAUGUCACAUAUAAUGACACUGGGACUUACCUCUGUACCUUCCACCGUACGCUGUACCUUCCUCUGAAUGAGGAACAUGUGGUAAUAAGUAAAGAGGUGGAACUCACAGUUGUGGAAAAUGCAAACCCUGAGCUGACGGCAGUGAUUUCUGAGAUCAUGAUGUAUGUGUUGAUCGCAGUUCUGCAGCUGUGGAUGAUUGGAGUGCUGAUUUACUGCUAUAGGAAGAUCUACGCUGAGAACGAAGCUCGAGAGGCCAGAAAAGCUGCACGCUCUCAAAGCAAGCUCGUCGAGUUGAAAGACCCUUGUGAUGGCAUUUAUUUGGAAUAACUACAGUUUUGGUUAGUAGGCUUAAUAUUUUCAGUGAAUAGAGACUAGGAUUACUAAAUUAUUGCUAAUAUAUUUGAUAUUAUAGGAAUAGUUCAUUCAAAAAUGAAAAUUUGCUGAAAACCUACC